GCUCCCCUCCGCUCUCCUGCGCUCUCACUCGUUCAUGAAUGUCACCUCUAUCUGCGGAAGCCCUUGGAAUUUACAAACACUCUCUCGGGAGCUUGGGGAGAGAGAGCAAAGGGGAAUGUCAGAAGGGCUGAGAAGGGAAAGAACUUCCGAUACCUUACAUCCUCAUCCAUCUGAUCAUCCACAGACAUGAAGUCCAGGGUUGACGACACCACUUCUUGACUUUUUGUGUCUGUCUUUGUUUUCGGUGUUUUUUGCAGUCCCAGUGUCAUGGAUGCGAUACUUCGGAAUCAGGUAACAGAGUUUCUCUAAGAUUGUCUCAGGAUAUUGUUCCUUUUCUCAGUAGGAUCUGUAUUUCAGUUAGUUUUAUGCAUCCCUCGAUCUUCUUCGUUUUACAAGGAUCUCACUGAUAUGUGGAGCCGUACGGAUAAAGCGUUUGGACAAUUUAGGCUUAUUUUUCUGAACUUGUAGAAUGAUUUCUGAUCCGAUUUCUGAAGAUCGAUCCAACACUAAACCUUGGAAGGGAAGUGAGAGACCAGGGCUUUUGGGAGCUCAGAGCUUCGGGGAUAGAUAGAGAGGUAAUGGUGGUGCCGUGAUGGUUCACUUCUCUUCCAGUAUUCCAGUACGGCUCCAUGGAUCAUCAGCUGCCACUUUUCCAGUCCGUAUGCUGUGCAACGAGACCUAAUAUACAACAGACAAUUCCAACAACGACAGCUGCCGUUCAUCAAAAUCCCACCACCAGGAAUUCUGCAUUCCAGGGACUAUUUUAUAACCAAAGAAACAAAUAAAGUUUAUUGUGAACUUCGCAACUGUUUUGCCCCACCCCCUUUACCCUUCUAAAACCAAGCCCCUUCUUGUUCCCUACCAAGUUGUGACGCAUUCUCCCCUUGGUUAUUGUGGGAGACCCUGCUGUUCUUCAAACAUCUGCUGUCUCCUGCUCCUGUCCUCCGUGGCCCUGGGUGAUCGGACAGGUGGGCGGCCCACUGACGCCCUGACGGUGAGCGGGGCACAGCAAAAUGGCUGCCCUCGCCAGCUCGCUGAUCCGGCAGCGCAGGGAAGUCAAGGACCCCCAAGCCAACCGCCAGAUCUCCACCAAACGCAAACCUUGCCCCAAGAGCAACAAGUCGCUCUGCCAGAAACAGAUCCUCAUCCUCAUCUCCAAAGUCCGGCUUUGUGGCAGUCGAGGAAGAAAACUAGAAAAAAGACCCGAGCCUCAGCUGAAAGGUAUCGUCACACGUCUCUAUUGUCGGCAUGGCUUCUACCUGCAAAUGUUACCCGAUGGCACCUUGGACGGCACAAAGGACGAAAACAGCUCCUUCUUGCUGUUCAACUUGAUUCCUGUGGGUCUGAGGAUAGUGGCCAUCCAGAGCACCAAGACAGGACUCUACAUAGGCAUGAACAGCGAGGGCUACCUUUACACAUCAGAACAUUUCACACCGGAGUGCAAGUUUAAGGAGUGUGUGUUUGAGAACUAUUAUGUCACAUACUCCUCGAUCCUGUACCACAAACAGUCGGGUCGGGCCUGGUACAUUGGCAUCAACCGAGACGGACAGGUUAUGAAAGGAAAUCGGGUCAAAAAGACUAAAGGAGCAGCCCACUUCCUUCCCAAGCUUAUAGAGGUUGCCAUGUACAGGGAACCAUCGCUACAUGAUGUUGCCGAGCAAAGCCCGCCUAGGAAAACGGCCAAAACAUCAGACUCCCCCGUCCAUAAAAACGGCAAGAAAGACCAAGUGCUUCCCGCCCCACAGCCUCCUAGCGGCAGUAGAAGAAAGUCUUCGUUUGCACGGACUUGCCAUGAACGCCAGCAGUGGCACAGGAGGUCUGGUACAAACAAUGUUUGUAGUCCCUCCAACCGACCCUCAGAACUUUGA